CUGGGGCGGGACGGAGCUGGGGGAGGGUGGUACCCCAGUUGCCGCCCGGGUGUUUGUGCUGGAAACUCAGCUGAUGCUGGCGGGCAGAGGGGACGCGCGUCCGGGGAAAAGGCGCUUCGCCCCUGCCGCCCAAGUAGUUGCGGCCUGCAUCCGGGUAAGACCAUGAAUUAUGGCAUUUCUUAAAUGAAGCAUUCAGGAAUGAAGUGAAAGUCAUAACGUAUAGAAAAUAAGUAAUUUUUAAGUUAUGUCUAUUAAUUUGACUAUAGAUCUAUAUUAUAUUUACCUCCUUAGUAAUGCGAGAAGUCUUUGUGGGAAGCAGAGGAGCAAGCAGCUGCCUUUCUUGUGCUCACCUGAACAUUACUGGAGGAUAAGCCACAUCAGUCUACAGAGAGGUGUUCAUACGAGCAGAAUAAGAUGUAAAUGGACCAAAAGUGAAGCUCAUUCUUGCAGUAAGCACUGUUCCCCCCUAAGCCACCAUGGUUUACAUCUUGGAAUCUUGAGACUUAGCACUUCUGCUCCCAAGGGACUUACAAAAGUGAGCCCUCGUAUGUCCCGUAUUAAAAAUACUUUGAACUCUAUUUCAAAGGCUGUUUUUGGCAAACAAAAUGAAAUGAUCUCUCGUUUAGCUCAACUUAAGCCAAGUUCUCGAAUAUUAAGAAAAGUGACAGAUAGCGGUUGGUUAAAACAGAAAAGUGUUAAACAAACCAUCAAGUUUCUGAAAAAGUAUAGUGACAAGUCAGCAGAAAAGAGUUCUGUUCCAGCAAAGGAAAGUCAAGUUAUAGAGAAAGACAAUAUAGGUAAACCAAGCCUUUUUCAUUACACAAAUAAUAUAACCACAAAAUUUGGAGAGUCAUUCUACUUUUUGUCAAGUCAUAUUAAUUCAUACUUCAAGCGUGAGGAAAAAAUGUCUGAACAGAAGGAAGAUCAACAUUUCCAGGAAAAAUCAGAACUUGAACUUAAAAAGGUUGAAGAUGAGAAACCCAGUUCUCCAGAUCCUGGCAUCCUGUCUGAUAAGAAGUUAGAUUCAGAAGCUUCUUUAUAUUCUGAGGACAAGCCUGGAAGUCCCAGUGGGACACCUGAAGUUCUUCCCAUUUCUACUAAACAGAGUAUUGCUAACUUUCUUUCUCGUCCCACGGAAGGUGUACAAGCCUUAGUAGGUGGUUAUAUUGGUGGACUUGUCCCCAAACUAAAGUAUGAUACAAAGAGUCAGUUAGAAGAGCAGGAAGAGACGACAAAAGCUGAGCAGGCUGUCAGCAAAGACAAAAACGCAGAGGAGAAAAGGCGGUUAUCUCUUCAGCGAGAAAAGAUCAUUGCCAGAGUGAGUAUUGAUAAUAGAACGCGGGCAUUAGUUCAAGCAUUAAGAAGAACAACUGACCCAAGACUCUGCAUUAAUAGGGUUGAAGAACUGACUUUCCAUCUUCUAGAAUUUCCUGAGGGAAAAGGAGUGGCUGUCAAGGAAAAAAUUAUUCCUUAUUUACUACGACUGCGGCAAAUUAAGGAUGAAACUCUACAGGCUGCAGUUAGAGAAAUUUUGGCCUUAAUUGGCUAUGUGGAUCCAGUGAAAGGACGAGGAAUCCGGAUUCUCGCAAUUGAUGGUGGAGGAACCAGGGGUGUGGUUGCUCUUCAGACACUACGAAAAUUAGUUGAACUUACUCAGAAGCCAGUUCAUCAACUCUUUGAUUACAUUUGUGGUGUAAGCACAGGUGCUAUAUUAGCCUUCAUGUUGGGAUUGUUUCAUAUGCCCCUGGAUGAAUGUGAGGAACUUUAUCGAAAAUUAGGAUCAGAUGUGUUUUCACAAAAUGUCAUUGUUGGAACAGUCAAAAUGAGUUGGAGCCAUGCAUUUUAUGACAGUCAAACAUGGGAGAACAUUCUGAAGGACAGGAUGGGAUCUUCACUAAUGAUUGAAACAGCAAGAAACCCCACAUGUCCUAAGGUCGCUGCAGUAAGUACCAUAGUGAACAGAGGGAUAACGCCAAAAGCCUUUGUGUUCAGAAACUAUGGACAUUUUCCUGGAAUCAACUCUCACUAUUUGGGAGGCUGUCAGUAUAAAAUGUGGCAGGCCAUCAGAGCCUCAUCCGCUGCUCCGGGCUACUUUGCAGAAUAUGCAUUAGGAAAUGAUCUUCAUCAAGAUGGAGGUUUGCUCCUGAAUAACCCUUCCGCAUUAGCAAUGCACGAGUGUAAAUGUCUUUGGCCAGACGUCCCCUUAGAGUGUAUAGUAUCCCUGGGCACUGGGCGUUACGAGAGUGAUGUGAGAAACAACGUGACGUACACGAGCCUAAAAACCAAACUGUCUAACGUUAUCAACAGUGCUACAGACACAGAAGAAGUCCAUGUAAUGCUUGAUGGUCUGUUACCUCCUGACACCUAUUUUAGAUUUAAUCCUGUUAUGUGUGAAAACAUACCUCUAGAUGAAAGUCGAAAUGAAAAGCUGAAUCAGCUGCAGUUGGAAGGGUUGAAGUACAUAGAAAGAAAUGAAGAAAAAAUGAAAAAACUUGCAAAAAUAUUAAGUCAAGAAAAAACAACUCUGCAGAAAAUUAAUGAUUGGAUAAAACUAAAAACUGACAUGUAUGAAGGCCUUCCAUUCUUUUCAAAAUUGUGAUGAGUGUGUAUGUGUAGUCUCCUAACUGAAUGCCUGUUGAGAAGAUCCACAGAAUAAGGAAUCAUGGGGUUCAGCAUGAUUUUUCAUUAAAAUGCUCUUGAAUUCUGGGGAAUCCUGAAAAGACAGUGUUUGGACCAGCUUGCACAGUACAGAGAGAAUGUACUUGAUUACAGAAUUCAUAUGGAAAUUAGGUUUUUACGAUGUUAAUAAUUAACUGUGCUUUAGGAAUCUUACUGUACUAGUUGGUUUUAGUACAUAUCAAUGUUGUAUUGUUUGAUGUUUGAAGAUUUAUUAAUAUAUGUGCCAAACAAGAACUGAAAACUAUCACAUUAUACUUGGCAUUUUUACUUUAGUCACCAUAAUCAUGUUAAAUUUAUUUAAUCAUUGAUUUUCUUCCAUGUGGAAAAACUAAUUUCUUCUUCAUUACUUUAAACAUUACUUAGGUUUUUGGUAGCUACAUUCUGUGAUCCAAAUAUUGCCUCCCACGAUUGUCAUGUGAUCUAAACAGAUGCAGAAAAAAAAUGAAAUUCUCUCUGUCAAAGGACUUUUACAUUUGAAAUAUGAAAGAGCCAGAUACCGUUUUCUAUUCCAAAUAUGUUUAUUUCAACGUUGUUUGGUUCCGAAAGAUAGGUGAAGUUCCAGUCAACCACUUUUCCCUCCCUAAAACUUCAAGAUAAUCCUGUGUGUCAAUUUUAUAGCUCUAGCUUAUCAUUCACUCAUAUGAAAUUAAUUAUUUGAAUUUACUGAGGAAAUACCCCAUCACUAGCAAAAAAUAAACUGUUGAAAUAAUCUGUUAAAAGGCUGAUGUCAUUUUUAAAUUAAUUACUAUUUAUAACGUAGCCUGUCAUCUCUUUGUAGCUCUGUCAACAGUAUGCUUUAAAAAAAUGUCAGGCUUGUUUUAUCUUAACUCCUUUAACCAUCUAGACUUCACAGAGAUUAAUAACAUAUACAGCAACUUGCAUCAUUGUUUAUGCUAACCAAAUUCAUCUUUGUUGUGUUAUCUAUCUGCCAUAUAAAUCCUUUACCAUGUUUAGAUUUGUCAAGAAAAAUGAAAAGAGGUGAGUGUCCUUUGCUUUCUCUACAUAAACUGGAGCUAAACCCAUUACUGUGUCUUUGCAUCAGUGCUGCAUAGAGCCAGUGAGGCAUGGUUCACAGAUGCCGUGGGAGCUGAGAGUCUGGAUGCUAAUUUGGGCUCCAAUGCACAGUCCUUCUGUUUUGACUUGGAGGAGGGUGGAUAACCUCUCUGGGCUUCAGAUAUUUCAUUCUGGGAAAGUGGGAAGAGCUAGCUGUAAAAUUUUAUUUACUCUUAGGGCAACUGGAAAGAAACUUCUACAAAUGUAGAAGCAAACGGUUAGAAGAGAUGUGAAACUGAAUUUUCGGUCCUACAGAGGUAAAAUUUCUGCUCUUUUCAAAGAAGCAAAGAAUUCUCUGUUUCAGAAAAAAAAAAAUGUAAUAAAUUAUCCAACUCAUCAAUUAUUUUAAAAAUAUAGAAAAUAAAAGUUGUAGCUCAGUC